AUCAUCAGCUUCUCAACGAGCUUCUUGAAUUUAAAACAUUUGUAUAAAAUUAGAAUAAUUCAUAAAAUAACAUAUUUUUGUAUAUUUGAAAGUUGGCAAUGAAAAUUAUCUUAUCAGUACUGCUAAAGAUAAUCAAACAAAAUACUUCAAGUUUUGUUUCAUAAUAUUAUUAACAUUUAAAUUGAAGAGUUGUGUAUUAGUUUUUUCUUAAAAAACAUUUUUCCUGUGGUUUGCUUUUUAUUCUAAAUAAAAAAGUAUAUUACUGACAAGAUGGCUUCCCCUGAUCCAGAACUUAAGGAUGGUCUUGCAAUUCCUGUUUGGAUGAAGACAAAACCAGUCAAAGAGUUCGAGCCCUUCGCCUCUUCUCCCCCCGAAGACUCCUUCUUCUACAUCCGCUACCCCAAAACCGAUGUGAUAUUUGGCAAGACGAAGUUCGCUAGCGACUUGCCGACAGAAAAUAAACAGCAGGCCGAGUUCUCCACUGCAGAGUUCAAAGAGACGAAGACCAAGGACUGGUCGAAACACACGAAACCCUGUCAAGAUGUUAUGCACUCCUUUGGACCGAUUAACACAGCUGCAAAGUCGCCGAAUGUGAAGCCGAAGCCGGCUGGCGUGGACGAUGGCUUCAAGGGCGAAGGCGCGGCCUGCGGCAGCUCCGUCCUCAAGGUCGCCCACCAGAUGAUCCAGUCGAAGUCGUCGCGCGGGUUCACUGUCGCGUCGCCCGACGACUCCGCCCCCGAGCUGAGCGACAAGCUGCGGCAGAAGCUGAUGACGCGCCGCAACAGCAAGAGCCUGCCCGCCACCCCGGCGCACUCCCCGCCCGGCAGCCCCAACUCGCGCCGCAAGAACACCAACCGAUUCUUCACAUCUCCAUACGAGCCGGUCGAGGAAUUCGGCAGCCGGUCGUGGCUGACGAUGGCGCUGCUCGGCUACCGUAAGGACCUCACCACCUCUACCUCCACGCUGGCUGAGGAGGACUUCGAGAACAGAUUGCAGGGUAUCUGGUUCCUUAGCGGAGUCGGUAGAGAACCUAGGACCGUCGCCGAAAAUGGAGCCGGCUUUCACACCCGAGCAGCCCAAGCAUAAACCCCCGACAUACAAACCCAAGCCCUCGGAGUUGAGGGAAAUGAACUUCUGGUCACCAACUUCUAUGUAAACUUAGCUGGUAUGCAUUUACGUACCGAAGAGAUUCUAAUUCUUUAUUAUAUAAUAUGCAUAAUGAUAAUAAUGAUAUUAUACAAGAGUCCCAAGCAGGCAAGAUUGUAUAUUACAACCAGUAGAUUUGCUCACUGCGUUUGCGUGCGAUUUAUCGCUUUAAAAACAUGAUUAUGACAAUUAUCCAAUGAAUAUAUUGUGAUAUCCUUUUGCCAAUCCGCAAUGCUUGCGCAAAUUUACAUGAGUAGCGCCAUUGGAUAUUCUGACAAGAUAUUCAGCACAAGGACAUAAUAUUAUGGCCACCAUGACAACUUUAUGUUAUGAGGUUUUGAUACAUAUCUAUUUAAACAUGUAACGGUUAAAAACAAAAAAAAAAAACUACUUAAACGUGGCACUAGUUAUGCCAUCUUGAGGCAUGCCAGGCAGUGGCAAGCUAAUUAAAAGUGACGUUGAUUGCAGAUCACUGCAACAUAUCGUCCUAUAAACUCUGCAAUGUCAAUUUUGUUGCUAUGGUACGUAAAUACUAAUCACAAUAAUUUAUGUUAUUUGUGUCUGUCUUUUAUGUAUCAUUAGUAUAAUAUGUUUGUGUCUUAACAUAUAUAUAAUUUCAUCAACGACAUUUUCACCUUAAGUUUAUCAUAUUUUUAUGUAAAACAGUAUUCCACUAAAUGUACUCGUAAAUGUCUUAUUUAUUCAUCAAAAGUUUACAUGAAUAGAGAAGUAAAACCAUUGUCAUCAAGAUUAUGCACUUGAAUCGUAAAGUCUCUUCAUUUUAAAGUUAGUUGAUUCCAUAAUAUCUUAAGAUUAAUUGUCGAGUUUACAAAUUUCACAAUUUCACUGAAUAUUUACUUUUAUAGUUGGAUUUGUUAUAUUUGGUAUAAACGCGGUAAGGUUUGUUAUUAGAAGCUAUUGUAUAGCUGGUAUUUAGAUUCAGGUUUCAGUGUAGCUUGUAACUUAUUUUUAUAAGAUUAUCUUUAUAAAAUAGGAUACAUGAUAGCAGUGACUUCACAAACAUUUUUUAAAGCGUUAUAACCAUAGACUAUUUUAUUCAGAUUCAACGAGUAAAUAAGUGUUUUUUAAUCUAAGUUAAGUUCUAAAAUGUUAUGAUAUUAUGAAGAAAAAAGAUUUGAUUAUAAGACUUGAGAAUGUUUGAAGAUAUACUUUUUUCUUUGGAAUGUAUGAUCUGUCUUCUGUUUAUGUGUAUGAAUAAAAAUGCAAGAAUAUGUGCAGUUAAAUAAUAUAGAUUAAAUUUCUGGUACUUCAAUAGGCAUAUUGUUUUAUGUCGACAAAAUCAAGUGCAUGUAAUUUUAGCAUGGAAUAAUAUUUCGGAUGAAUUAAUAUGGCAAUACAGAAAUAUUACUUUGUUAUAAUUGUGUUUUACAA